AUGGACAAGCCCUUGCUUUUGGGACUCCCCCUGCUGCUCAGCUGCCUUAGAAGUGAGUCCCUAGCCUUGACGGUUGGUGAGGUAUCGCCUCUCAUUUCUAUUCCUGGUUUCCCGGCCCCAAUGACAGAAAUCAUUCAGUGUAGGAUGUGCCACUUGCAGUUUCCAGGAGAGAGGUGUUCCAGAGGCAGAGGAAUAUGCACUGCUACAGAAGAUGAGGGUUGCACGACUGGGAGGAUUUUCAAGAAAGAUGGGACUCUGUGGUUAACCUUCAUGGGCUGCCUGAAAAACUGUGCUAAUGUGGACAAAAUAAAAUGGAGUGUCUACUUGGUGAAGUUCAGGUGCUGCAGGGGCUAUGACCUUUGCAAUGAAACCCUGUAAAUGUUGCUAGUCCUCUGGGGGCUCCAAUCUCUGGAUGACAUUAUUGCCUCAGCCUCGUCCCAGUGAUUUCCUAGAAAGCCACGUUUCGGAUUGCAAACACGUGGUCCUGCCUUCUGCCUA